AUGUCGGUUCCACGGCCUCGCACUGUCAAUCUCCCACCAAACUGGCCCGCCGGCUACCCUUCUGUAGUCAACAAGGAUGAGCGCCACAUCCAGCAGGACUCCUUCACCUUGCAUCGGGGUCAUUACGGUGUCAUCAUUGAGACAGAGGACUUCGACGAUGGAACGACCAUCGUGAAGCCUGACGACAUUGACACCGGCACUUCUCACCCCUACGGUUCCGCUCGCCCGCCCCAGGCUCCGGUAUCAGCAUCUGGACCCAGGGACCGCCCACGGGAUCCAAUGGAGCCCGUCAUGUCCGAGGUCCUCAUCCUCCGCGGCGGCCGCCUCGUCCUCUGCCGCCACCACCACUUCCUCCCCCUCCUCCUCCUCCUCCUCCUCCUCCUCCUCCCAGCCCUCUGGACCAGCCGCCCCCCUGGCCCCCAAGAAGUCGACUAG